UGACUGUAUUUAUGUGUAUCCUACCUGAAUAAACUUACAAGUGUAAGGGAGCAUGCGGCAGCAGCAGUAGUGUCUCAUCCUCCCUCAGUCAGUGUCUCAUCUACUUCCCUUGUCGGGUGUAAGUUAUCUCUGUGGUGUGAGACAUAAUAUUCCUGGUCCACCGCUAAGGCAGCCUCUCCCAUCAAUUAUGUCUUACUGUAAACAGGAAGGAAAGGAUCGUGUUGUUUUUGUGACUGAAGAGGAUCACAAUGCACCUGCAGCUGUGUCAUUGCCUGAGGAGGAUGAACCUCCAGGACUAAUACAACCAGAUGGAGAGAUCAACUGGGCUUGUCCAUGCUUAGGAGGCAUGACCACAGGUCCUUGUGGUGUUGAGUUCCGGGAAUCAUUUACAUGUUUCCAUUACUCAACUGCAGAUCCCAAAGGAAGUGACUGUUUUGAACCUUUCAGUCGAAUGACAGAGUGUAUGUCUCAGUACCCUAAUGUUUAUGGUAGUAAAAACGAUGAUAGAGAGAUGCCCAAAGAUGAAUUAACAAGUGAAGAUUCAUCAGAAAUAGGACACUCGGAAGUCUCUGCUAAGGCAUAGCACUUUCAAACCAUUUUCCUUUGUGUGUAUGUAAAUGUGAUGAUGGCACAGUUUUUGUGCAUUCUCACUGAAAUCUGUUGGCCAGACUUCGGGCAGUUAAUUUUUACACUUACUUAGGACUGAUUUGAUUUACAGUGGAACCUCAAAUAUCGAACUUUCUUCGGUCCAGAAGGCUGUUCAAGUGCCGCUACCAAACAAAUUUAUUCUCAUCAGGAAUAAUGUAAAUUAGAUUAGUCCAUUUCAGACCCUCAAAAAUACACUUAUAAAAGCACUUACAAAAAUACACUUACAUAAUUGGUUGUGUUGGGAGCAGUUCGAUUUUUGAGGUUCCACUGUACUUGGAUAAAUGAAGGCAGUUCUAUACAGUAUUUGAAGAAAAGGCACCACAUUAAUAAAAACAGGUUUGUGGUUUCAGUAUUGUGUAAAUACUAGCUUGUAUACUGAAAUGGUGGGUAUAUAUACAUAUAUAUAUAUAUAUAGUGGGAAGAUAAAUAAUGAACAUCAUUGUUAUAAUUAGGGUCCAUUUCCACAGUAAUUAUUUCAGUUGUGUAAUUGUAUAACUUCGUUGUUAAAAAAUAUAUGAAAAGAAAUAGCCUAUUAUUAAAAGGUUUAUCAUAAUAUUAUUGUAUAAGGAUAGUUUAUUAAUGGAAAUCUGUAAUGUUUUUCAGUUGUAGUUUUGCCUUACAGGAAGAGAUUCUCGUUACAGUAUAGUGAUAAUUGUAUUAUUGAUUUCUUUCUGGUAUGAACCAUCCAAGAUUUAAUUUUGUACAUUUAAGACCUAUUUCAAAUGUAUGAAUACCUCAUUAUUUUACAUUAAAAAUAAUUUUCAGUAUUAAAAAGAAU